CAACAAAGGCAAACCGAGCUCAGGUCAGUUCUGGUCAAAAGGCGCUUGUCCGGAAGCAACAAGUCGAAGAAAUUUCACUCCUACAUCGGCCAAAGUUGUGGUUGUCCAACAACCGAAGUCGCUCUCUGUACCUUUUUGAACAAAUAGUUGGUAUCUUUAGGUUUUAGCGAUGGACAAGCUUCGUCGAGUGCUCAGCGGCCAAGAGGAAAACGAGGAGCUUGGUCUCACAGCACAGGUCCUGGAUGCCAGUACACUCAGCUACAGCACGAGGAUCAAAUGGUUUGUCAUAUGCUUCGCUGGAGGCAUUCUGUGUUCAAUCCUGGGCUCAGCUCUCCUGUUCCUUCCAAAUGGAAUCAAGUUCUUUGCAGUCUUUUACACAUUAGGGAACGUCAUGGCUCUUUCCAGCACAUGCUUCCUAAUGGGACCUCUGAAACAAUUGAAGCGCAUGUUUGAACCUACAAGGCUGAUAGCAACUAUUGUUAUGUUGCUUUGUCUGGUCUUAACACUCUGUGCAGUGUUCUGGUGGGGUAAAAAGGGACUCGCUAUCAUCUUCUGUAUUCUGCAGUUUUUGGCAAUGACAUGGUAUAGUAUCUCUUACAUACCAUUUGCCAGGGAUGCAGUGAUAAAGUGCUUCACUACGUGCGUAAGUUAAGGAUUCCUGCGGCCAAGAUGACUGGUCCCAAUAUGCAAACUGGAUUUGUAUAUACAACUACUUUCUUUUUUUUUUUCUUUUUUUUGUACUGUGAACAAUUACUUUUAAGUCUAGCUAAAAUCUAGUUUCUAGCUAGCACAGUUUCAUUCAUAUGUGCAUUCUGUAAAAGAAGUGCCUUUAACCUUAUAUUUAUUAUAUUCCAACUAUGUUCCGAGCAUUCUUUCACAUUUUAUAAGCAGGGAAAUGCAUAUCUUCACAUACAUUUAUCUUUAGCAGAAAUCAAUUUUUUGCUUUAAUUAUUUUCACAUGACCACACUAAAAUGUGUUAGUAUUUUUGUCUUAAAUUACCUUUUAUGCUUUUCAAUGUUUGUCUUGAUAGUAUUUUUAAUUGUAAAAACAUUGCUAAUGCUUCAGUCUACUGUAUGUUUUGCCUGUCUAGACUGCAUUCUAUCAUCUUCUCUGCUUUAGCUUUUCUAAAUUGCAUUAAAAUCGGGUUGUCCUUUUUAAAUUGGAUUUCCCUGACAGAUGCAGCAAAGGCCUGCUUCAGUAUGCUCUUGUGAACAUUGCGAUUUAGACAUGACCUAAUAACCCAGUGCAUUGUGGGUUUUCUCCAUCGUUUCGGCAUCACAGCGCACAGACCUUUGAGGAUGCGGUUGUCAUGGUAACCCCCUCUGGAAGAAUCCCAUCCUCGUCCCACCCCCAUCUGUGGUACAGAUGUUCAUAUUAUCUCAAUGAGAAGGUGUAGGGAAGGUUAUUUAGAGGAAAACCUUGAAGCGGCAGCCAGGUUCACAAUACAUAGAUUUGUAUAUUACCACUUUCUACUUAUUUUUUCCACAAUGCUCCAUCACAAAUUGCUAGAAAUUACUGUGUACUGUAGUUGACAAAAUGAUAUCAUAAGGUGUUAUUACAAAUUAUCAGAUAAUUUUAAAUAUUAACUUUUGAGUUAGAAGUAAGCAGGGGAAAGAGCUGCUUUUUUAAAUAUAUAUUUUUUGCUGACCAUUUUCUUAAAAAAAAAAGCUGGAGUAUAAAGGUUUUUGCCAUCAAAUCUAAAUAUUUAUUAUUAAAACAAUAUUUCUGCUAAUUACUCAUUGUCAACAAUGAACAGUAUAUGAUUUGAAAACAUGUUCAAGAUUGUUUUAUAUUACAAUAUUUAGAUUGGGCUUGCACUUAACUCUAUGUUUCAUUGGACCUGCUUGUGUGGCGGUGGAUUAGUGUUGACAAAAUCUUCUUUUGGCUGCACUUGUGCGACUGACUUGGCAAUGAACCAGCAAAUCCCAUGUACAAUGUUGCUGGCCUUGGUAAACAAUGGGACACUUUAAAUCAGGAUGUAUUCUAUUGACUUGCCUUAAGCGGGGAGAUUCUGUUUAUUAUUGUGCAGUGUUUUGGGACUUAAAAAAAAAACUUGUGAGAUGGGGAAGUACUACCAAUCUGUGCCCACUGUCUCCUUUACAUUUAAUCCAUGGUAUAUCAGAGCCACAGCAAACACAACAGAUUGUCCUUCCCCUUCAGAUUACCUUAGUAGAUAGUCAACUAAUAAAGAAAUUGUGAUGUUAAUACAUUUUAGCAUUCACACAUUAGAUUGAUGUGUUUUUCUAUUUAAUCUUGUUUGUUUUAAUCUUGACAAACACUGCACUGAAAGCUAUUGUUAAAAUCAGCCUUGUUUUCAAAUGUACAGUAUUGUGAAAAACACCAUGUUUUCAAGAAGGGCAAAACAAAGAUCUAUGUAGCAAAGAAUCUACUCAGACUAAUCAUUUGUGAUCUAAAUCAGUAGCUAGUACUUAAAAAAAAAAAAAAAAUCGAAGUUGUCAUUUUCAUCAGCCACAUUUAUUCUUGUCAAAAGUUUAGAGUAUUUAUUGACACAACCUGAGAAUUGUUUUACAUCUCACAUAUUUGUUUUCAUGUCACAUUAUAGAACACAGCCCUGCGAAUAGUAAUGUAUUGAGUGAAUUUAAUGUGCUUGGCAUAAUGUAAAUCUGAACAUCCUCAGGCAAUAUCCAAUAAAGUGUCUAAAAGCUA